CGGGGCGCGCACUCGGGCCGGCCCGGGCCCCAGCAUGGCCGAGCCGCUGCUCAGGAAAACCUUCUCCCGCCUGCGGGGCCGAGAGAAACUUCCCCGGAAAAAGUCGGACACGAAGGAGCGCGGCCGGCCAGCCCAGCGCCCAGAGCCCAGCCCUCCAGAGUCAGAGCUCCAGGCCCCCGAGGGGUCCCAGGCUGGAGCAGAAGGGCCCCCAAGCCCUGAGGCCUCUCCAAGCCCGGCUCGGGGGGCCUACCUGCAGAGCCUGGAGCCCAGCAGCCGCCGAUGGGUGCUGGGCGGGGCCAAGCCACCUGAGGAGGCUGCUUUGGGGCCCGGAGCACCUGGCAGCGGGGAGCCUGCUGGCGAGAUCUGGUACAACCCUAUCCCUGAGGAAGACCCCAGGCCCCCCGCACCUGAGCCCCUGGGGCCACAGCCAGGCUCAGCUGAGCCAGAGGGCCCGGCCUCCCAAGGCGCAGCCCCCACGAGCCCCCCAACGAAAGCCUCUCGCACCAAGUCCCCCGGCCCAGCCAGGCGCCUCUCCAUGAAGAUGAAGAAGCUGCCGGAGCUGCGGCGCCGCCUCAGCCUGCGGGGCCCCCGGGCUGGCCGAGAGCGCGAGAGGCCCGCCCCCGCGGGCUCCGUCAUCAGCCGUUACCACCUGGACAGCAGCGUGGGAAGACCCGGGCGGGCGGCGGUGGCUGGGGGCGCGCGGGGCCUGCGGGCUGGGUACCUCAGUGACGGCGACUCACCGGAGCGGCCCGCGGGGCCCCCGUCGCCCACUGCCUUCCGUCCCUAUGAGGUGGGCCCAUCCGCCCGGGCGCCCCCCGCCGCACUCUGGGGCCGCCUCAGCCUGCACCUGUAUGGCCUGGGGGGACUGCGGCCAGCGCCCGGGGCAACCCCCAGAGACCUCUGCUGCCUGCUGCAGGUGGAUGGGGUGGCCCGGGCCCGAACAGGGCCACUGCGUGGGGGGCCAGACUUCCUGCGGCUGGACCACACCUUCCACCUGGAACUCGAGGCUGCCCAGCUGCUGCGGGCCCUGGUGCUGGCGUGGGACCCAGGCGUGCGGCGGCACCGGCCCUGUGCCCAGGGCACCGUGCUGCUGCCCACGGUCUUCCGAGGAUGCCAGGCCCAGCAGCUGGCCGUGCGCCUGGAGCCCCAGGGGCUGCUGUAUGCCAAGCUGACCCUGUCAGAGCAGCAAGAAACACCGGGCACAGCUGAGCCCCGAGUCUUCGGGCUCCCCCUGCCGCUGCUGGUGGAGCGGGAGCGGUCCCCAGGCCAAGUGCCCCUCAUCAUCCAGAAGUGUGUUGGGCAGAUCGAGCGCCGAGGACUGCGGGUCGUGGGGCUGUACCGUCUGUGCGGCUCGGCGGCCAUGAAGAAAGCGCUGCGUGAUGCCUUUGAGCGAGACAGUGCGGCUGUCUGCCUCUCUGAGGACCUGUACCCCGACAUCAACGUUAUCACUGGCAUCCUCAAGGAUUAUCUUCGGGAGCUUCCCACUCCUCUCAUCACCCAGCCCCUCUACCAGGUGGUACUGGAGGCCAUGGCCCGCAGGCCUCCCUGCAGGGCUCCCCCCAGCACUGGGGACACCCGUGGGCUCCUCAGCUGCCUGCCAGAUGUGGAAAGGGCCACGCUGACGCUUCUCCUGGACCACCUGCGCCUUGUCUCCUCCUUCCACGCCCACAACCGCAUGACCCCGCAGAACCUGGCCGUGUGCUUCGGUCCCGUGCUGCUGCCGGCUCGCCAGGCCCCCGCCAGGCCCCGCAUCCGCAGCUCCGGCUCGGGCCUCACCAACGCAGUGGACUUCAAGCGGCACAUCGAAGUGCUGCACUACCUGCUGCAGGCCUGGCCAGAUCCCUGCAGGGCCCCGGAAGCUCCGCACCUCGCCCCGUACCUGCGGCCCAAACGGCAGCCGCCGCUGACCUUACCGCUAGCAGGCCCUGAAGUGGUGACGCGGCCCCGCAGCCGAGGCGGCCCCGAGAGCCCCCCGAGCAACCGCUACGCCGGCGACUGGAGUGUGUGCGGGCGGGACUUCCUGCCCUGCGGGCGGGACUUCCUAUCCGCGCCAGACUACGACCACGUGACGGAGAGCGAUAGCGAAGACGAGGACGAGGAGGGUGGCGAGCGCACGGGCCCUGACGACUUCGAAGACGACUUCGAGGCGCCCUUCAACCCGCACCUGAACCUCAAAGACUUCGACGCCCUCAUCCUGGACCUGGAGCGAGAGCUCUCCAAGCAGAUCAACGUGUGCCUCUGAGCGGGGCGGG